CACAAAUUAUACUAUAUUCUUACUCAUAAUGGCUAUUAAGCGUUUUUACCUUAUCCUAUUUGUCUUCCUCAUUUUCCUACUAAUUGGCAUCACUGCCAAAAGGAACACCUCCAGUGACAAAAAUCCCCCACCGUUUGAUUUCAUCACGAAAUUAAAAGGUUAUCAAAAGGGAAACAACACGAAAGAGGUCCACGACCUCAAGGCCUAUCUUGAGAGAUUCGGUUACCUCAAUAAAAAUGAAGCCACUAAUGGUGAUUUCGACGAUGCCCUCGAAUCAGCCAUCAAAACUUAUCAGAAAAACUUCCACAUCAAACCCUCAGGAGUCAUAGAUGACGACACGAUAUCGAAAAUGAGAGCCCCUCGUUGUGGAGUGGCGGACAUCGUCAACGGCACUAACUACAUGCAACCCCGCAACAAAAACCACCUCCCCCGCCCGACUUCCAUCCACACAGUGUCUCACUUCAGUUUCUUUCGAGGCGAGCCUCGAUGGCCGCCGGCUAAAAACCAUCUCACUUACCGGUUUUCGUCGGACUUUGCGGCAGACCUCGUGGCGCGUGCCUUCCAACGAUGGGAAAGCGACACACAUUUCUCCUUCUCACGUGUCGGAAACAACCAGGAAGCCGACAUAGUUAUAGAGUUCAAGCAGGGGUACCACGGCGAUGGAAGCCCUUUCGAUGGGCCCUACGGAAUCCUAGCUCAUUCAUUUGCACCAACUGACGGCAGACUCCAUUUCGAUGCAGACGAAAAUUGGUCCGCCGCCGACAUUCCAAGUGCGGAUGCUAUCCAUUUGGAAAGCGUUGCUGUGCACGAAAUCGGGCACCUUCUUGGGUUGGGGCAUAGUGCGAUUGAGGAAGCAAUCAUGUACCCUACAAUUGGCUCAGGAGAGGUUAAGACCAAUUUGCAGGAAGAUGAUAUUCAGGGGAUUGCAUAUUUGUACAAUUACCAAAAUUAGCAUAUUUAAUUCUCUUUUAAUUUCCUAUAUUUGCAAUAGUCUUUAAUUUUAUGUUUUCAUCGUUGUUGUCGUUGUCUUUGUAUGGUCUAUAUAGAUGUGUAGCCCAUUAUAAGAAAUAUGAAUAAACUCGUUUCUUUCUUUUCCUA